AUGCAACGAUUGUCGUCCGUCUCUCGCCGUCCGCUGUCUUUGUCUCUGAGUUGGCCAUCAAUUGGCGGUGAGUUUGAGGUCGUUGUGGUUGCGAUCCAUCUGUUGGCCCAUCACUUGAUCCGUGUGACGACCGACACAAUGGAUGUGCCGAUGAGUGAAGAGUCAAUUGUCUCGUCAUCAAUUGGCGGUGAGUUUGAGGUCGUUGUGGUUGCGAUCCAUCUGUUGGCCCAUCACUUGAUCCGUCGACAGAGCAGUUUGCUCAGGUGUCAACUACAGAGCAACCCAAUUAACCCAAAACUUGGCGUGAAAGAGAUCGUUUACAAUAGAUAUCUGCCGUACAGUCCGGCUCUCGAUGACGAAUGUCUUCACUAUUUGUCCCAAAUUAAGGCAAACAUCGCCCGAACUCUUCUCCUCAAUGACAGACACGGAUUUCAAUGGAUUUCGGAUCUGUCCAAGUAUUGCAUCCAUUCAUUUGAUCCAAUAAUGAUGACUCACUUUAUGCAUGAAAUAUAUCUCCGACUCUAUGGCACCACCUUUUCAAAGGAAGACCACAUUUACUUCAUUAACACGUUGUAUGAAUCUCGCAUUACGCUAAUGUGUUGUCCACAUUACUCAAUAUCUGUUUUGUCCCGCAAUAGAAAGCGGGAACUGAUCACCAGAGAAGACCUGACCAUCAGAUGGCGGCCACUAUACGAUUUGUACGAACGGACACUGUUUUCGCACUACGAGAACCUCGGAAUGCUUUUCAUACCCGACAACUACGAGAAUGCCGUCAAAAAUCUGAUCCGUAUGUGUCGGCCGUACUUCUCGGUCGAGUCCACACAAGAGAUGCUGGAAGAGUGGCGACCAAUGCUGUGUCCGUUCGACACAGAGAUCAUUAAAGUGACCUCUCAUAUGGAGUUGUUUUUGCCGACCGCUUUGCCGCCCGAACACCACUCGCAGGGAUUCAAACUGUGGUUAAACGAGUUGAUGGAGUUGUGGAACUCAUCGCAAAACACCCCGUCGUGGGAACAAAGUCUGAUCUCACUGUUCGCACGACUGGCCAAUGACUCGAUUGGUUACGUGGACUGGAAUCCGUAUAUACCGGAGAUAUUCACGCAUUUGAUUCGCAGUUUUAAUUUAAUGGGCGGUUCGCACAAAGUGCAGAUCACCAGAGGUUACAGUGUAUUCAACAUAAAUUCGGUGGUCCUAUGGGUGGUGGCAAUGCUGGGCCCCGGCAGUCAGUGUCAGUCACAUGUGACCAAACUGUUCAAAGCCGUUGAGUCCUAUUAUCAUCCGUCAAAUACGGGCAAAUGGAAUCUAAAGCUCCAACAAUUGCUCUUCAAACUGCCCUCGAGUUUCAUCAGUCGUAUACAUCGGGAGCGCUAUAAGAAGCCGUCGUGGAGGACACCGAUUCCCGAUUCACACAAACUGACUGAAGAGGACAUCAAUGAGUUCGUGGGCAGUAUAGUCAACGUUGUGAUGAUAUCGAUGUUCAGUCGGUUCGGCAGCGCUGAGGCGGCCACCGCUCUCCAGAGUCUAUCUCUGUUGAGACCCGAGAAAGUGAUUCCACCGGUUCUCGAGAAGAUGUACUCGUCAGCCGCACCGACUGUCGGCUUCCAUGCAGUGCGUGGCGUCCAUCGCCCGGGACUAUCUCUGUUGAGACCCGAGAAAGUGAUUCCACCGGUUCUCGAGAAGAUGUACUCGUCGUUGGAGACGCUAACAGAGCCGCACCGACUGUCGGCUUCCAUGCAGUGCGUGGCGUCCAUCGCCCGGGCGUUGGUUAUGCCCAACAAAUACUAUCCGGAGGGUCCCACUCAUGUGAUACCACUGUUGCUGAACUCGUUGGACGGGCUGGACGUGAAUGACAUGAAGAAAUGUAUGGUUACCUUCCAAUUCAUCGCCACUUUUGUAACACUAAUACCACUCAUCGACUGCUCGGCCGCUGUGGACGUACGCAACGAUUUGAGUGAAACGGAAAUACAGUUAUGUUUGGCCAGCGCUCAGUUCGAGGACUUUGUCCUACAAUUCAUGGACAGGUGUUUUGUGUUGAUUGAGAACUCGUCGUUAGAACAGACCACUCGUAUGGAUCAGGAAAACGAACGCAUGAAUACCGAAGAGGGUAUUAUUGAAGUGGGUUUGGCCUCAACUUUCGGCAGUAUUCUUCUUCAGUCGUCGCCACAGAUAUUCAAUAGCGCUUUGGAUAAACUCUAUUCGUUUGUCUCGAGCCAUAUAUUUGAGACUAAAGUUGCCGGAAAAUUCUCGGCAAUUCUUGUCCGUUCGUGUUCUAAGGCAAACGCUGAGUUAUCGUUGAAGAAAUUUUUGCCCCAUUUCUGCAAAUUAGUUCUCACUCUUACGGAGAGCGACGACAUCCUAAACGAGGAGUUUUUAGACCACGAACUCCUGUUUAGUUUGCAGAUAAUAUCGGAAUUGGUUCGUUGCGAUGGCAAGCAUUUGGUCCAAUAUUCGGAUCUAUUGAUUCGUGUGAUCGAUCGGACACUGCAUUUAAAGUGCCGAAAGGGUUAUCUUCUCGCGAGCGCUAUUCUUCGACAUGUACUCAAAUCGUUGACACUGUUGUGUGCGCUCGACUUCAGAAGUUUUACUAAAACGUGGGACUUGUACCAGAACUUUGAGACCGAUCUACCCAUUAGAGACUGGGGCUGUACUGUAGAUAUCCAUCAUCUGAACACACAGUGGCACGAGUCGAGCGACGCUGAGCUGACGUUUGCUCAGCAACUGCUCGAACGCUUCUUAGGCACCGAAUUGAAUGAUUUGCACAAUUGGAUCAAAGGUGAGGAGAAGUUGUCGCGCGAGGACUUACAGCGAAGUCUAUUAGUUGUUUUGGACAGUGUGACGGGUGCCGCCUCUGCGCUGCCCCUCUGGAGUGGCGAUAAUAUUGUUCUCUACGAGUCGUUAGUGUCAAACACUACAUCUAUUGUACACACUGUGGGCUCUAAUAUCGUUAAUUUUUCCAACGGAUCCAAUAUCCGAGAGACUGUAUUGAAGACAUUGCGCUCCACUUUAGUCCAUAUUCUGCAGACGUGCGAAGACGAUACCAAAUCUUUAUGUCGUCUCAUAAAGAUUUAUAACAAUACGAUGUUCUUCUGGGGCGUCACUAAACACGACUUCGACACGCGUUGGAAGGGCUUUCAUGUGGUGAAGAAAUCACUGGAGAAUAAGUUAACUAAAAAGAAACAACACAUCCGAGCGCUGAUGAUUGACCGACUCGUCCUCCAGCACGAGAUGCGAUUAAUGAACAAAUCGUUAACAAAAUUCACGGAAUUGCACAAAGAAUUGAUGACAGAUUUGAUGCAAUUGGCGACCAGUCAUUACAGCGAAGUCCGGUGCCAAUCGCAAGAGACACUGUUCAACUGUUUCCGGUCGUUCCCCUAUUCCUAUCGCCUGUGUUUACCCGAUUUGCUCUCAAAUCUGCGUAAAGACGGCGACGCAAAUCACGAACAAUUUAAAGGCUCACUGUUUGUGAUACUCGGCCGUCGCGGGAGUUCACUGUUGACAUCACACGACUGGUCGACGCUCAACACCUUAUGGCCAGCGCUGGUCGACGCCAAGCAUUCAGAAAAGCCGAGUAUUAUUCGCUUAUUAGACUUAGAUAUCACGGGUUAUGUUCGCAAAUUUUUCGAUACUUUGGCCUUACGUGUGGAUAUUCCCGACUCCUGUACGGCCAUCGCUCGUCAGGUGUGGACAGUGAACACAAGUUUGCCGAAACCGGCCUUUAAAUGUCCGACCGAUGAGGAGAUUCAAAACGCUUUAACUAUUGCUCAAAAGCGAAACCAAACAAAUGUUGAUUUGUAUAAUAAUUUGGGGUUUCCCCACCGCAGCAACAAUUGA